AAAGCGAACCCGAUGAAGAAGGUGUGAUAUGUAUGUUAUGCAAAACCCUAAACACAUUAAGGUUUGGCUGUAACCCAGAGCUCCUUCGCCUCAUCGAUAGUUUCAAGUCUCGUUUUGACAAUGGUGAGGGUUAGUGUGUUGAAUGAUGCUCUGAAGAGCAUGUACAACGCCGAGAAGCGCGGGAAGCGCCAGGUCAUGAUUAGGCCAUCCUCCAAGGUCAUCAUAAAAUUCCUAUUGGUCAUGCAGAAGCACGGGUACAUUGGUGAGUUCGAGUAUGUUGAUGACCACAGGGCUGGGAAAAUCGUGGUUGAAUUGAAUGGGCGGCUGAAUAAGUGUGGGGUUAUUAGCCCUCGCUUUGAUGUUGGUGUCAAAGAGAUUGAAGGUUGGACUGCAAGACUACUACCCUCAAGACAGUUUGGGUAUAUUGUCUUGACAACCUCUGCUGGUAUCAUGGAUCAUGAAGAGGCUAGGAGAAAGAAUGUUGGUGGUAAAGUGUUGGGUUUCUUCUACUAGGCUUGCUUUUUGUUUGAGUUUUCUCAUAACAAAUCGGGUCGGCCAAUUUUGUUUAACGGGUAUGGACUUAAAAUUUGCUGGGCAUUAGCGAUGUCCGAUGCUUGGUGUUUGCCGCAUCAGCGGACGGAUAUUGCAUCAUGUGCCUGUUUUAAAAUUAAUUUUGGCCACUGCAAAUUGUAUUUGGUAAAUGUGGUUUCCAAAAUUAAUUAAGGUGGGUGUAUUUGAUUUGAGAAUGGUGGAAGCCUUUCAUUUUUCAAUUGCAUAGAAUUAAUUCC